AUGAGUGAGCAUGUGCGCACCAAUGCGGGCUUGCCGCCCAUGUCUCCUGUCGACCUCGCUCCACGGUGGAUGAUGGUGGAUGCAGGGUUGACGACCCCGGCGCCGGCGCUGGCUGCAUCAGUGUCUUCAAGCAUGCCUGUGGCUGCUGCACCCUUUGUGCGUAACCCCGUUGCCAUGCAUCGAACAUCCCACCGUGGUGUAGAUCCGUAUCAAGUUUGCCAAGCAUACGUGAACCAGCUGCUGGAGCUGCAAGGGGAGCAGGUGAGUGUUGCUCAGUCCCUGAGGGCUGUGCUGCGCAUCGCAUUCAUGCACGCGGAGCCGAUCUUCGGAGCGGAGAGCACAUCUGGUUCCCCGAAGCAGGCAGGCGCCGCGAGACUCGUCGUCGAUAGCGUUGAAAAUGUUUUUCCCGGCUGCCGCGGUAGUAACAGCAGCAGAUUACAUCAGCAAAGGCCGACGAGUACCGGUGCCGAGGCAGGUUUCCAACCAACUCCGACGUCGUCAUCAUCGCCGUCGUUGAUGGCCUCUAUUACGUCCCUCGUACACCGUCUGCAUGUUCUCCAGCGCGAGUCGGCUGAGUUUUCCGCCACUCGAUGCCUGCCGUCACUCGCGGAGCUCUUUGGCACCUUCGAGAUGUAUUGGGCCUGGAAGCGCUCUCAGAUUUGCGAUGGCGGCGUGCAGGAAGAGGAGGAAUCCGACACUAUUCCCGUCAGUGCGAGCGCCGCAGUCACUCGCAGUGCCGUGGGUGGUGCGACGACGGCCAGCGGAGUAUCUCAAAACGGACCCAACCAGCACCAGCGACCGCCGACGCUGCGUCAGCGUUACGAUCAGGCGCUGCGUGCCCGUGAUGAGCUUCUCAGCUUCCUGCAGCUACACGCCGAGGCCGUGCGUGCCUUCGAUGCUCAACUGGAGCAGUGGUGCCGCUGUGGUGAUGUUGGUCCAGCGGCACGAUCUACUAGAGGAUGGCUAACAGUGAGCCCUGCAGGCACCGGUGGUGCACCGGUCGCCGUAUCAUGUGAUGCCGACACGCAGGCCCAAGCUCAGCGGCGCGAAUUUGAGGCCUACACCUGUGAGCUUGUAGAGGUGGCGCAGACGACACGCCACAUCGCGCAGCUGUUACAGGCUGCGCUACGGGCGUUGUGUCGCCCUGCAGCCGCGCGCGGUACGGUGCCCUCACCCAAGCCGCGCGCGGCUGCCGGGAUGGACGACGAGGGCGCCUUCAGCACUUCCCAGCGUCUACCGCAGACCGGAAGGAAUGUGGUCUACUCGCCAGGUAUCGAUACGCAGCGACUUGGUGGGCUGCAAGCCCGAUCUUCUGUUAACACAGGAGGGCUGACUAGCAGCUGCACGAGCGCAAAGCGUGUCGGCACGUAUCUCUCGACCGAGCUCAGCGGCAGAUCACCAUCUUCACCGGCACCUCAUACCAGUAGCACUGUGUCAAGCUCAGCGUGCGGGCUCUGCAGUCCAUUGAGCCCCAAAGCUCGAACUCUGAAAGUAUGUGUAAAGCCCGGGCAGUGCAAUGACAGCAGAUCCGUUAACGGUGCUGAAGACGCUGUGCAAGGCUCCUGGAUGAAUACCCUGUCGCCGCUCACACCACCCCCGACCGCUGCGACGGCUUCAGCGAGCCCGUCAUCCACUCCGCCACACCAUAUAGAGCCGAAUGAGCCACAUUCGCAACUGCGAAGACAGCGGCGCAGUCGGCGCCGCCUGACGCCGUCGCCUUCGCCCCAUCACCCAGCGGCUCAGGAGGAGGGCCGUGCUUCACUAUACGCGUCUCCGUCCACUGCCGACGCCGUCUCAUUAUCGCCGCUGACAGUUCAACGUGGUGCUGCGACAGCAGUUGCCGGCGUCGUGCCUGCUGCGCAGUCGAGGGAGGCGAGCGCUGACAGGGGGCAACAUUGUCUUGUUCCAACACCGUCUGCUGCCUCUCAGGGGGAGGGGCCGGGGAGCGCAGAGGAGGACAAUGGCGUCCAGGCUGCUGUGUCGCCUGUUGUCACCCUGCGCCUCGCCGUUGAUGGAUCCGCGACGCACGAUCGUGAUGGCAAUGUAGUGAGCCGCUUGAGCACCCACGCCGAGCAUCGGUCAUGGUCGAGGAGGCACUGUCUCUCUCAAGAUGGGGCUCGAUCGCUGCUGCGUGAGCUGGCCUCAGCCUCAGUCGAUGCUACGGUCUGUGAGGGUGCGCGACUGUCUAACGCUUCUCAGUUAGCCGAUAGCCGCUUCCGCGGCGUUGUUGAAGGGGCCGCAUCCGCUGACAGCGAGCGUCAGACUUUUGCGGAGGCGACGGCCGACGUACAGGACGCGACAGCUGUGUACGUGCCACCACCUUGUGAGCAGCGGGCGCACCAUCACGGCGAUUCUCCCGCCACUGCCACCACGGUGGUGCUCGCCGAUGUGAUGGAGAGCUCGGAGGGUCGCGCGGCAUCACAGUCCCCUCCAUCGCCGUCCCCUCAGCCGCCGUGCACUUCAGCGACGCACACGGUAAGCGCUGUGGCAGCAGCGUGUGCAUCUGUGUCCCACAAGGGGAGUGCAUCGCUGCACUUCCUCUCACCACGAUCGCUCUCGAUGGACAGUGACGCGGGACGUGGCACCACAUGCGGCGAAUGUGGCGGCUUAGAUGAAGAGGGCUGCCUCAGUGUAGGCCGCGCGGCCUCGAUUCCGACAUCACUGUGGCCGCGACUGCCUCACAAGGCGGCAUCGCGGUCUUCUUCUGCCGCUCUGGUGCUGGCCACCACCGACGCGGCUGGAGGUGCCCAGCUGGCCCAUAACACAACGGUACCGGCGUCUGCCCCAAGUCACUCACUAUCAAAGGAGCCCGAGGGCGGUGACAUUACAGCAAGUAAGUACUUCGCCUCGCCCCCAGUGGAUCCGAAUUUCUACACAGCGCGCGACAGUGGCACUGACGUCUCGCUACCUCCUGCCCCUGCUGCCACCUUUCAUGCGUCGGUGAGCUCUGCACGGCCGGAGCUGUCGCCGAAGCCGCCACAGCAGACACAACACUCCGAGCAGCAGCAGCAGCAGCAGCAGCAGCAGCAGCAGGGUCAUCAAGAGCACCAUGUGCAAGAGUGGGACCACACCUUUAGUCCCACACCCUUGCUACUGGACAGCCUCGAGAGGGAGCUCGGUGAGUCUCAGCAGCGUCCUCAAGUACCUGCACCUCCGCGGCACAGCUCACCGGCGUUCUCUGCAAGCAGCGCGGCGCCGGGCAACCCCGCUGGCUCUGGGGAGCCGGGCCGUUUGCUUGAGGAGCGCGUGGUGUUAACCAUGCAUGAAGAGCUCAAGGCACUGCGCGCAGAGCAGCGUCACAGUCUACACAAGAUGCGUAAAUACGUCAAGCACGCGCUUGAGGAGGUGGCCGAAGCGGUCUCGGCAGCGGGCAGCUGCAAUCACAGUAGCAGGGGAAGCAGCCGCACGAGUAGUCGAAGUCAUCACCCUCGCACGGCAAACGAGUCGAAUCACAGCAGUGUGGAUGUCUCUACCGAAGGUACGAGAGCCACAGUGGCAGCAGGGAGGCAGCGAUACGCCGUACGUGCUUCCCAGCAGGCCCAAACCGAGUCAUUUUCGAGGUCGAAUGAAACGGCAAGCGUCUCGGCUUCCAUCAAGACUAGCAGCAGCUCCGCGACACUCCCUUCUCGUCUCUUGACCACCCAGCAGCGGCAGACGGCGCCCGCUGUGCCUGCCUCUCUGCCUUCGAAGGAGGAAGAACUGCAGCGCUCCUUGGCAGUAGCGGAGGCUAAGGCAACGCGACUCGAGCAGCUCACAGUGCAACUGAAGAAGCGGCUGUGGCUGGCAGAGCUGUCACGGCUGUCGCCCAUGUCAGCAACAUCAGGGGUAAGAGAGCCGGAGGCAGCUGUAAAGCGGUGCCCCAGCCUGCGCGAUGCAUUGAUAUACGGCCUCUCAAGUGACGCCGGCGACACAGAGGAUGAUGACGGCAGCUUGCCAAACGUCGGGCAGGCAGCUGCGAGCCAGGGCUAUUCCAGAGGUAGCAGCACAGCCGCAGGUGGCGUAGCAGUCGAGGAACGAGCGAUGCUGUACCUGGUAGACCGCGAGUUGGGCUACCACACUCCGUGGGAUGCCCCCACGCAUCCUCAGCGUCGCCCGAGCACGUUUUGCCGAACGACGAGUGAGGUACCUCGCUCAUCGCUCCAGGUGUCGCAUGAUGGCAGCUGCUCGUCGUCUUCCACGGAGCAUGAGCGCUUGCCCAGCCUUUGGUGCUUCGAAGGUAACACUGCUGCCCACUUUUCACCAAGUGUCUCGUUGGCUCCUACCGGCAUCACUGAAAGACUUGACAGUCGUCGACUUUGCUCGAGCUCUGCGGCACCCUCCAGCACUACCGGCGUCGCCUCUUCAACGCGGUCACUAGGUAUUCUUCGGCAGCGUGCGUCAAUCUUUGAAGUACUGCGUCGAGGUCACGCUGCCCGUGACGCGCAGUCAUCCGCACCGACGGGGCAGCAGCAGCAGAGAGAAGCCUCUCAGCUCAGCCCACCACCACCACCACCACCACUGCCGCAUUCUUCGGCAGGCACAGCGGUGGAAGCGCCGGCAGAGCUCACGGCAGCGGCGCAGUCGACAACGUAUUCAUCGCCAUCGCGUCAGGCUCAGAAACUCUGUUGGCAUCCCUACAACGCAGAGGUCCUGUCGAGCAGGGACCAAAGAAAACCAAUGGGCAAGGCAGCAACGGGCUUUCCCAAGCAAUCUGUCUCCUCACGCUGCUAUACAGACAUCUCUGGCGGCAGCGGCACCGGCUCUGUUGCAGGGGCGGGGCUAGGGUCAUCCGCCUCGGUCAGCACACUUCGCGCCGAGCAGGCACUGCAGAAUGCGAAGCGGCUCCUACAGAGUCGAAAUGUGGCCCUCGCUGCGGGGCAUCGCGGCAUCAACGUCAAGUGCCACUCCAGUGCGCCACUCGCGGGAGACACGCAGCCGCCCUUCACUGCGGCAUCAUCACCCAAGACGCCAGCAGAAACUGGGCAGUACAGUGUGCAAAUGCCUUAUCUCCAGGAAGGGGGCUCAGCAAGGGGUGCGGCUGCUGUCCCUGUCAGCCCCCUCAUCCGAUCAGGUCAGUGGGGUGAUUGCAUGGAGCAGCUUGAAACUGUCUCAUCCUCUUCACGCGCCUUUGUGCCUGCUGCUCUGCACGCUGGCAUGACAGACACUGCCUCGGCUUUGCAGCGUGUCAGCGGCUCGGUGGACCGUUGCGCAGCCGACUUCUCUACAGUGAACGGUGGAUGUGAGCCCCGCUCGCACUUUCAGUCACCGGAGAGUGCCUAUCACCACUAUGAUACGUCCCCGUGCUCUGCUGUGGCAUAUUCUACCAGCAAGGUACCGCGCUCCUCUUCUCCAUCAGGCGCCAAAGCCGCACUGAAAUUGAUGGAGCCGAGCUCCACUCCACCGGCGACGGCUGCAGACUCGUCUCUGCCGGUCGCAGUGUUUCAUGCGGCGACGGAUGUGACGACGGCAUUACAAGCGCAGCGCCGUGUUGACAGCGCCACGUCGCCAAUCUCCCGCGAAGAUGCUGAGGUGGGGGCAGCAGCGGGGGGUCGGGGAGAGCGCGGCGCCAGCAUUCAUAGCGACAUUACCUUUCCCCAUCGCGAGCGCAGUGCACGCAACGCUAUGACUUUUACCGAUCGCGGCUACAGCCCACUGUCGGACUGCACUACGGAUGCACGCAGCACACGCGGGCUCCGUAGUUCUUCACCUCUACAUGCCACUGUGAAGCAACGUGUGCAUGAUAACAGACACGAGGUGCCGGCGCCCCUGAUAUCGCGGGCUGGUCAAAGUACGAGUCGCCUCACCGCCUACUCGACGUCACCUACACUGUCGUGUGGCUCUGCUCAGCAGCAGCUGCUGGACACGCUGAAAGAAGAGGAGUCUACGUUGGCAACCGCCCUUGGGCGCCUUCAAGACCAGCAGCGGCAGCUGAGGGAGAAGCAUCAGCAGGUGUCGCUACUGGCAAAGCAGAUAGCUCUCGCCACCGCUGCGCGUGCAUCAUCACGGGGGACUCGUGUGGGUGACCAACGCGCUGCCGGAGGUGCUGCUGCUGCUGCUGCAACCGCAGGGAAACAAUUGACGAGCGGUUUCCAUGGAAGCCGCAGCGGCAACGUGACAGCCGAAGCCGCAGCGACGUCUCGCGCCUCAGCCGACUGCCACCGACUUUUGAAGCGAUUUGCAGCGGCGGAGUCGUCCUUGGCGGAGCGCGAGGGGCGAGUGCAACGGGCGUUGUGGGCGGUGCAGCGGCAGCGGAGUGCCUUGUCGCGCCAUGACUUGCUCUAG